ACCAAUUUGUUUGUGAAUGGUAAGGGACUAGUUCCACAGAACUCAUUUUGGAGCCCUAGUUUCCGCCAUUGUAGCCGUCGUUUCUUUCUCUACACGUUUCCUUCUUUUUACUUGCAAAAUAUCGUGCCUUUCCUGUGGCACUGCAUUCAUUAUUCCUUCUUUGAUAAACCCACAAUCCAAUUUCACCUCCCUCUUAGCUCAAUUAGGGGUCACGUAACCCUAAAAUUCCCAUUCCCUCCGACGAAAAAUCUAAGCUCCUGCGGUUCAUCGCGUCGUUGGUUAUUAAGCUAUGGCAGCAAAGAUUCUCGCAAACUUGAUUGUGAUGGGAGGGGGCAUCUUGGCAAGAGCAGUUGUUCAGGCAUAUCGCCAAGCGCUUACUAAUGCCUCGAAAAACGGUGUGGCGCAAGAGGCAAUACAAAAUACGAUCCGCAGGGCCAGCAAAGCCAUGAGCGAGCAAGAGGCUCGGCAGAUACUUGGCGUGACCGAAGAAACUCCCUGGGAGGAGAUCGUGAGGAAAUACGACACAUUGUUUGAGAAUAACUCGAAGAAUGGGAGUUUCUACCUGCAAUCAAAAGUUCAUCGCGCCAAGGAAUGUUUAGAAGCUGUUCAUCAAAGCAAGGGUCAGGGUCCCCAGGGUAGUAGUAGUACUCCUAGUUGAGUGACAUAUUCAGUUUUGUUCCAUACACUUUAUGUAUUAGUUUUGGGCUACUUUGAGAUGUGCAAAUUCAUCAGAGUUGUAUACAAUUUGUGGAAUUGAAUAGUUUUCUGGAAGCUCAGAUUUCUUACCAUCAAAACUAAUCUGUAAAUGAUUAAUUAGAUUGGAAUUGGCUACAAAUAAUCAAAGGCUAGCUACAUCAUGAAGCA